AGGGGGUAGGGUGAAAAAAAAGCUUGUUUGUUGAGGGGCGUGUCCCCUCGGCAGCUCAGUCAGUCGGCCGCCGCGGUCGUGCGCAGUCGUCUCAUCUGUCAAAGUGACAGCCGCGUUCCAUAUUUGAAUUACAAACUGACAUGCAUAAAUCGAUGUUGAAAGUGAGCUGUGUAUCGACUGUAUAAUAAAGACAUUGAGUGAUAUUGACUUGAAUAGAGUUAUCAUGGCCUUUGAAGACCGCUGCAGUCCGAAUCAGGCGAACAGCCCGGGGCCGGUGGCUCGAGUACCGGCUCCGCAUGCGGAGAAUUUGGGUUCCUACUGCCAACCUAGUCAGUAUACCUGCACGACUAUUGAACCGAGGUACGAACGCAAUACUCCAAUGACGAUCGUCAAGGUCCAACCUAACUCUCCACCACCAAGCCCUCAAGAAUACCAGAACUACUACAGACCCGAAACGCCAGAUGUCAAGCCUGUUAUCAAUCAAGAUUUUGACCCGGAAAAGCGGACUCAAAGACAACAACCAACCUUACCAAUCAACUUCUCCAUAAGCAACAUCCUACACCCUGAAUUCGGUUUAAACGCUUUAAGAAAAACGAGUAAGAUCGAAGGACCAAAAUCCGUCGGACCUAACCAUAGCAUCCUCUAUAAACCUUACGAUUUAUCGAAACAGAAUGAAUUCCAGAAAUACAGUUUCGAUUAUUUAAAGUCUAAAGAGCCUGACUUUAAUAGAUUGCCGCCCUUGGGUGGUUUAAGGCAGACUGUUUCGCAAAUCGGGGAAGUGCAAAAGGAGAAAGAAAUUCCGAAGCCGGUUGAAGCUAAAAGGCCAGAUUCUGCCAGUUCCAUAGUAUCGUCAACAUCCAGUGGAGCCCCUUCUACAUGUGGCAGUACAGAAGCGAAUAGUCAAGGAAACAGUACUCUGUGGCCUGCGUGGGUGUACUGCACGAGAUACAGCGACAGACCUAGCUCAGGCCCCAGAAGCCGAAGAAUGAAGAAACGCGCAACCCCAGAAGAGAAGAGACCGAGAACUGCUUUUAGCGCGGCGCAGCUCGCCAGACUAAAGCACGAGUUUGCUGAGAACCGCUACCUGACCGAGCGGCGGCGCCAAGCUCUCGCCGCGGAACUGGGUCUCGCUGAAGCUCAGAUCAAGAUCUGGUUCCAGAACAAGCGAGCCAAGAUCAAGAAGGCCUCGGGACAGAGGAACCCUCUAGCCAUGCAGCUGAUGGCACAGGGGCUGUACAAUCACAGUACCGCGACUGAGAGCGACGAGGAGGAGGAGAUUAGCGUCACGUAGGGAGAUGGGCUUCUGUAGUUGGGGAUACUGUAUAGGCAAAUGUAGUUGGAGCUAGGUUUUUAGGAGGUUUGAAACGUCAUUAUAUUUGAAAAAUGAGAGUAUUGAUCAAGGAUUGGAUGGUAUGAAAAUAUCACACUUAGUUUCUAAUAUACGGAGGCGUCAAGGGGUAUUUUAACACAAUUGAUAGUUAAAGGACAUUAAGGACCAUGAAAAAUAAAGUAAAUAGAAUUCACAGUGCAUGUAGCAAUUUUUUUGUGGAUAUCUUGAUUUCAAUCUCUCUCGUUUUUCGUCUGGAUAGAAAAGCUCCUCUAAUUAAAGAUACCUAAAAUAAUGUUUACAGAUAGUUCAAAAUUGCGGAGGCUGAUUGUAACUCCAUCAUUUGUAAGUCUAGAAACAUGAAAAAAAAUGUAAAUAAAACACCAUUUUUUUAGUUACAUAAAAUCACGUAUUAUAAAUAAUUAGUGCUAUUAAAAAUGUUCCUGUAUUUUACAAUUGAAAUAAGAAAAUUAUUUAUUUGGUUUCAUAAUUAUAGCAUUGUGAAUAGUAGGGCUUGUAAUAAUAAAUUAUUAUAGAUUAUAAUACGCCAUUAUACUUAUAAUUAAUAAGGAUAAAAGCAAAAACGUGGCAUUUCCAUUUUUGGGAAUUUUCAGUUAUGAUGUUAUUGCUUUACGCCGAUAUUUAAUUAUAUUUUAGACUUAUACGUACUUUAGUCUGACUUCUUGUGUAUAUUUUUAAGAAAAACCUUUUAGAUAAUACUUCUAGCUGUCAGACUUUAUAUCGUAAGUUAGUAUAAAACAACAAUUUUAAUUCAAAUCGCGCCAUUGUGACGUUUUUGGCAAAACCAUUUUUUCGACUGAGUUUUUAUAAUGUUGCACUGUUUUAUAAAACACAAAAUUUCGAUUAAAGAUGCGAUAUCUAACCAAAUAGUUAUAAGAAUAAAAUAUUAGCUAAAAUUAUAUAAAUUUAUUCAAGCAACGCAAGUGAUAGAAUGUUAAAAAAAAAAAUCUACGAUUAUAAAAAGUUUAAGCGUAGACAUCAUAUUAUAAAGUAUUAAUAACUAGCCUGUUUUUAGAUUUGUGUGAAAGUGUCUUUGCCAUUACAAAAUCUUGCCUGUUUUCGUAAAAAAGAACAUUAAAAGUCCUUAUCGCUUGUGCCGUUGACUGUACUCUUUUAUUUUAAUGAACUUAGUCACAUUUCUUCCAUUUUCGUUUGUAAAUAUUAAUUUUAAAUUAUCUAUUGGAUGUUCUGUCUUGACUGUUUUAGUGUUAAGUGUAAAAAGUAAUAAAUUAUAUCUAUGGUUUUCAAAUUAAA